CAUAUGCGUACCAUCAAAAAUGGCCGCGGGUUUGAGUUAUAUAUUGCUGUUACAGCGAAGGAAGGACAUUGUUUGUCAAAAUAAGCAAAUUCUGCUUACUUAUGUAUCAGUUUCUAAUCCUAGUUUUGUGUAUACUUCAGUGUUUAUGUUCACAGAUCUAAUGUUUUAAAUGGUAAACCAAGAUUUCCGUGGUUGUUUAUUAUGUACUGCGUAGAACGAUAUUGUAUAAUUUUCUUCAUUUUACUGUAAUGACAUUUUCUGUCCAUGUACAUCAUAACAUUCUCUUCAGUGAUUUGCCAAAAUAAAAUUAACUUCGUUCAGUGAUGUGAAAAUGUUCAAUAAGACUGAAUCAACAAAAGGGAGCUUCCUGGAGCAGACAAAGGCAGCUAGAGAAGAACGAGCACAUGAGAAGAAAAGGGAAUGGGGUGCCACAGUUAUUCAAGCCCACAUUCGAGGAUGGCUCGCAAGAAAGAAGUUUUCCAGUUGUAUUCUCCAAGAGUUCGACAUGAUGUUUCCAACCGAAAGUUCAGAACUUAUGCCAAGUCUUCAAGUUUAUCAAGUAGCUUGCAGAUUUUUGCUUGUGUGGCAAAAGGAGCGAGACAGCAAACGUUUUGAGAAACUUUGCAGGUACCUUGUGACAAGCCUGGAGUCUGAUUCCAUAAAACUGAGUUACGUUGGAGUUGCUUUAAACAAAGAGCAUGCUGUAGCAUGGAUUUCCCAUGUGAAGGAUAUUCUAUGGAAAUGUUGUGGUUACUUGGACAAACUCCGACCAGAAUAUCCUACAGAUACGCGUACUAUACUUCUGUAUUUGCACACUUUGGUGACAUUUACUUCAACCAAUACUUGGGUUCUCUUACGAGCAAAGCACAUGGAAAUGCUGAAACCAGGACUAAAUCAACUUUGUGCCAACAUCAUGGGUCAUCUCUUUACAAAGGGAUUUUAUCUCACAUUAAAGUCUCUACUUCUUAGAGGACUUGGAAGAGCUAAGAUAACAUUAAAACAUGUGUCAAUCUCAGCUGUGUUAACGCUGGCUCUUCGACCUCUGGCGUCUUCCGGUUUCUCAGAGAAGUUGAUGACAAUGUUCCUAAUACACAUCCUUAGUGUGCCUGCACUUGUACUGCACAUCCAGAACCUUGCUGCCGAGUGCAUCAGUGUUCUCGUCGGCCACAGUUUAUUGACCAGGAGUCUUGAACUACUAAGUUCGGAGCAGAACAUGAGGAUUGUGUUCAACACUUUGGAAGGGAAUUGUGCUCUGUGUCUCCUGGCAAAUCUUAUUCAGCUCGCUUACAUUCAGAAAGAAGAUGCACUUAAGGAUGUUGCUUUCCCAACUUUUACUUUCGUAAUAACAAGACUGAUGGAGAGCUGCCAACAUUAUGUAGUGACAAAGCAGUCAAACCUAACUCACUGGCAUCCAGUGCUAGGAUGGUUUGCUCAGAGUAUGGACCACAGUCUGCACGAGGCGAUGCCGUACGUAAAGACGCAGCUGUAUCUGCUGUGGAGUGGCCCGGUGGUGUCGGUGAUUCUCGGUCAGACCCUGUCUGAACUCGUGGAGAAUGCCGCUGACGGCGGAUCUGAAGGCCCGUGUUCCAGCUCCAGUGUCGGAAGCAGCAAUAUUUUGAGACGAGCUCUAGAUCACCGGGCAAAUCGUACCAACGCUGCCAAGUAUCAUCGCAAACUUGGCAGUCCCGAGUGUACCAAGGUGGCACUCCUGUGCUCUCUUUACCAGACAGCUCUUGGGACCCUGACGCAACUGAAGCUGGACAUCCUCACAGGCCUGUGUUAUCAGGAUAAGAUCCUGUACAAUCUGUGGCUGUUCCUGAGCAGUCUCGGCCCCAACUGCGGCCUCAAAGCAUUCCUUGACCUUCUGGCUGUCAACACAAAAUGCUCAGCACCUGAAUUUCAAAUGCUGUUACUUUUUUGUGAUUGCAUGAUGCAUUAUGUCACAAUUCUUGACGACCUGGAAAUGUAUGAACAGCAGAAACCAUUCCGGCUAGUGGAUUAUGUAUAUAUGUCCAGUUUUCUGAAUAAUUUCCUUUAUAAAGGUGUUUUAGGAAAUUUAUUUGACGUGAAAGGUUUAAAUGCCAACCCACUGUUUCAAUCGGCCCAUACUUUUCUGAUGGUUCUGUAUCGACGAGACUGCAGACGAAGUUACACGGUUGACAAUCAUUGGCUUAUUAAAGAUCUUCGAGUUGGAGCUUUCAUCACCGAUCUUGAAAAGGGCAAGAAAACAACUCAGGUGCUCCUUCAGAAGAUGCCACAUAUCAUUCCCCACGAGGAGAGGGUCCAGUUGUUUCGGAGAUACGUAGCCAACGAGAAGACGGUGCUUGGACUCACGGAGUCUGCUUGUGUCUCUCCACAGUCAACACUUAUUACUGUCCAUAGAUGUCGCAUUGUGGAAGAUGGGUACAGGCAACUAGCACUUCUCCCGCCACAGGCUCUGAAGGGAGUCAUCAGGGUGCGGUUCAUCAAUGAACAAGGUUUGGAUGAGGCGGGCAUCGAUCAGGACGGAGUUUUCAAAGAAUUCCUGGAAGAAACGAUAAAACGAGUGUUUGAUCCGGCUCUCAAUUUGUUUCGGGUAACAAGUGAAGAAAGGCUCUAUCCAUCACCUACAUCAUACAUGCAAGAUAAUCAUUUGCAGCUGUUCGAAUUUGUUGGGCGCAUGCUUGGAAAAGCUGUAUAUGAGGGUAUCGUCGUAGAUGUUCCGUUUGCUUCGUUCUUCCUGAGCCAGUUGCUGGGACAGCAGCACCAGGCCCUCUACAGUUCGAUGGACGAACUGCCGUCGCUUGAUCGUGAUCUGUAUCGCAGUCUGACUUUUAUAAAGCACCACGAAGGGGACGUACAGGACUUGGAUCUGACGUUCUCGGUCGACGAGGACUGCCUCGGUAGGAUAGUCACGCAUGAGCUCGUUCCUGGAGGGAAAGCAAUUCCUGUCACCAAUGACAACAAAAUUAAUUACAUGCAUUUGAUGGCCCACUUCCGAAUGCACACCCAAAUCAAAGACCAGACGGCUGCUUUUAUUAGGGGCUUCCGCUCGCUGAUCAACCCAGAAUGGCUUUCACUGUUCUCGGCACCAGAACUGCAGCGAUUGAUUUCUGGAGAUAACGUACCGUUAGACCUCCGAGAUUUACGUAGACAUACGCAUUAUUAUGGCGGUUUCCAUGACUCUCAUCGUGUCGUGUGCUGGCUUUGGGACAUCCUUGACAAGGAUUUCAAUGAUGAAGAAAGAAGACUUUUCCUAAAGUUUGUGACCAGCUGUUCAAAACCUCCUCUGUUGGGCUUUGCUCAUUUAGAACCGCCGUUUUCAAUUCGCUGUGUAGAAGUCGGAGAUGACGAAGAUACAGGUGAUACUAUCGGAAGUGUAAUACGCGGAUUUUUUACAAUCAGGAAAAAGGACCCACAGAAUCGAUUACCAACUUCAUCAACAUGCUUCAAUCUUUUGAAACUUCCAAACUACCAGAAGAAGAGCACAUUACGGGAUAAGCUACGUUAUGCCGUGUCUAGCAAUACGGGCUUUGAGCUGUCGUAACGUCUGUCGUUUUAUUAGGAUGCUGGGAUGUCAGCAAGCAGACGGGUUGGAGGUGAAUGGCGUGAUGCUGGUGUCUGCAGUCACUGAUACAGCCUUUUUAAGGUACUUAAAAUUCCAGAAAGUAGUUUUCAUGAAUAAAGCUGAAUUUUUUUGAACAUUCUGGUUCAGUUCAUAUGCCUCAGGUUUUCCAGGACGGUGUCUUUAAUCGGGCCAUAAUGAGUUUAUCAUUCGCGUUCAUUAUCCCAUUUGGUGCUGUAUUACUUUUAUAGUUGAGGAAGUGUUGUUAAAUGAAAUAAAGAAGGCCCCCUAGGAUACAUGCCUGCAGUACAGCCUGAUUUCUUGCCAUAAAUGUUAGCGAGCAACAAAAACAGAAAUAUUUUUAGAACUUUUGUCUUUGUGUGUUUCGUCAUUGUGCUUAAUGAAGCUAAAACUCUCGUACCAUUCGAAACAAAUUAGUAUGGUAUAAAAUUUGACAUAAAAUAUUAUUUGGAUGUAGCAGGCGUUGUUAUUUACAUUUUGAUUUUAACACUUUGAAGCAUGGUUUUUAUCUAAAUAAUUAAAACUUCAGUUCCUAUAUCCAAAAAAACAAAGGUCAGUUGCUUAACACUGUUUAGGAAAAUAAUCACUGUUUAUUCUAAGAAUCAUGUAAAAACAUAUUUAUUUAUUCUUUUUGAAAAAUCCAUAGUUAAUGAGCAUUAAUGAAGGUGGUAAAUAUACAUACCACUGGGCUUUGAAGAGUACAAAUCUCAUAACCAUGUAUUUUUAAAUGUGUCUUUGUAUAGUUGUUUUAUUUUUCUGUAUAUAUAACAGGUGCAAACAACCACAAAACCUGGUGUGGCUAUUUGCCAAUUUUAUACAUCAUUUGUACAAUUCGCAGUCCCCCUCCAAAUUAUAAACUUUCUUGGUGUCUCUUAAGUACUUUGUGUGUCAGAACCGUUUCUUACUCUGCCCGUUGAAAUCGGAGGCAUAACGGACGACAUUCUGUUACAUGUGUUACUUAUUAAUGAAUGGUGUGUGAUGUACAUUCUAAAAUGUAAUGAGCUGUAGAAACAUUGUUUGAUUCCUGCAGUUGUUACAUCAGUAUGCAAUGUAAUUUGUAUUUAAGCCCAGAAUGUUAAUAUUUUUAUUACUGCAAUAUAGCUAUAAGUAAAAGACAAAAAAAAAAAACUUCCAGCUUCCAUAAUAACUUUUGUUUGAGCUCGUUUUUGUCAUUUAAAGUCCUCCUUCUGUAAAUAGAGAAAAAAGAGAGAAAAGUAUUGCAGGCCACAGACUUACAAAUGUGAAUGAUUUGAGUAUAAAAUUGCCGGCCGUUCCAGAGAGAGUCAUUUUUGCCAGAGCCAUUUAACUCUACAAAACAAGUUUUGUAGAGUUCCUUAAUAACAUCAUCUCUCAUGGUACAUUGAUUUCUGAUGAUUCUUAUCACCUGAUGCAGCCUGGAUUGCACCUUUAAUAAAGGUGCACAUUUAUGUUGGUAUGAGACAAAGUCAUAGUUCUCAGUUAAUUAAGGUAAUGUUUGUUUUUGCCUAGUAAAUCAGCAUAUACAUUGAUACUGAUUGGACGCCAGAAAGCACAUUCUUUUUAAGACUUCCCAUUACUAAAUAGUAAUUUGUUUAUAAAUUCAGAGCUUGUGGCAUUCAGUGAUUGUUGGAAUCUGGCAGUACUGUCAGUAACCCAUAAUGUACGAGGUGUUAAGAUUUUGCCCACAAGUUUGGGCCAAAAAUCAAGAUGGAAGGAUAAUUUAAUGUCACAGAGACUUAAUUAAUGUUCACGAUCAGAUAACUGCCAUUUUGGACUUUCUGGACUUUGGCUUGAUGCAUCUAAAAAUCAGUAAUUUGACUCCUGACACCAUCACAAAAUGUUCUUGUAAUAUCAGUACAAACUAGAUUGUACCGGUGGAUUUUAUUCCAAUUGUGAAGACAGUGUACCUUGAAUGUCUUUGAUAUUGAAUGUGUUCAUGACUUUUCAGAAUAUAGUAAUGAUACUGUUACAACAAAUAAAGCGUGGCAUGGUAAAACAUG